AUGAGACAAUUACCGGAAACGCCUAUCAGUCGCACGGAACCUGGCAACAUUACCACAAGCUCAAGUCUGGGGAGCCACACGCGACCCCGACGCAACUCCAAACAAGACAUCUUCGCAGACGAUCUACCGGUACCUCGACCAGAUACAGAGACAAUAGUAUUGGAAAAGUUGAAGUUGAUGAGCCCUGACUAUACAACAUUUCGUACGGAAGGGCAACGCCGGGCUUUGUGUGCUGUGCAAUAUGAGACUUGUGACCUCGAAGACCGUGGUCCGGUUAGCCCAUCCGUGGCUUUACUGGAGAGAACGAUGAGAAAAUGCCAACAGCGAGGCAUAUCCUGCAUUCAAUUCAUGAGAGGCGUUAGAGAAGCGCAAACCCUGGUUUUCGUAUCUGUCAAGCUGGUAUCGAGUGAUGAUUUUACGGAGUACGUCAACGUCCUGACGAGUAGGAACCUGCUAAGCAUGGUGGUGUUUGACGAGGUCUAUACCAGAAUCCUGGAUCGAGAGUAUAGGGAAGCGAUGGAGGAGGUGAACAUCCUGGCCCGUCUAGCCCCCCGACGUGUGGCACUUACUGCAUCCAUGCCAUCUUACAUGGAAACAGAAUCAAGAUCUGAGCUGCAUAUGAACUCUGCUGCAAUGAUUCGAGAAUCAACUACACGAGCCAAUAUCUCCUACAACGUCCGGCGGAUCGAGGGGUCAAAGCCAAUGGAGGAGGCCGUAGAGAUCAUGAAAGGACACCUGAAGAGCCUGCAACCUGGACACAAGGCAAUAGUCUUCCCUCGAAUAACGGAACAAUGCAGGUGGUUUGCGACAAAACUGAACGCCAACUGCUACUACAACGAUCUACCUGGUAAACAAAACCAGCUGGAAGCCUGGCUGAUGAAGACCGAACCUGCUAUAAUGGUAGGUUCACCUGGACUAGGGACUGAACUAGACGAGAAUGGCAUUGCCGUGGUCUUCUUUUACGAUGCAUACUUUGACGCAUCUGGCUUUAUCCUGUAA